AUGCGCUCUCUACUCACAGGGUCGUCAGCCUCGCUCGACGAAGACUACUCCGGCUACUCGGACGACAAGACCGUGCUCGGCCGCGGACUCCUCUCCGACAGCGUCACGCCGACGUCGUACUACCAAAGUUCGCGCCACCUCAAGAUGCUCGCCGUCACGGUGCUCAUUGUUUGCGUCGGGCUCGUACCCUUUGUGGCCUGGCCAUCGCGGGUCGAGCUGAGCUCGCCGCCACCAAGCCUACGCUCCGAGCUCUCGUCGCCGGCCAACCAAGGUCUCUCGGCCGUGACCUCCGCACCGCUCGACGAAGUCAAGCCUCAGACGGUCGCCGCCACAGCUACGACCACAACACGAGAACCUGAUCAUUCGGAGACGUAUGCGCCGCCGACAACUGCGCCCUCGACGACCCACGUCGUCGUCGCGACCGUUGCCCCGAAAGCGCCAGUGAGUACGCAGACGACGCACUUGGUACACCACGGCAAGCCGUACCCGGACGAGUGCGCUGCUGAAGUGAGCGCGUUGCAUCCUGGCGACCACUUUGUGCUCGAGCAUGCGUCCGAGGCAUGCAAAGCUGCCCCCUCGAAAUCGACGGGUGAAGAGGAGACUGCGACCGUUCAGGAGGAGGCAGAGACCGCGCACGUUGGCUCGGCGGCGUCGCACAACGCGUCGACGAAGGACGUUAAGUUUGACGCUGAAGAGAUGGCGAAGAAGCUCCAAGCCAUGGAGCAUGAAAUGGAGCUGCUUCGCCUGCGUCUUGCCGACGACGAAGCCGCCAUUGCCGCCGAGUCACCGGCGACGAUUCCGUAA